AUGGGUAGCUUCCGACGCACUUCCAGAAACUUAAAAAGGGACUUGAAAUUAGAAGAUGGUCACUCGAUUAAUAACCGUUGGCAAGGUGAUGGAUAUCGCCGGAAGAACAAGAAUAGAGUAGACGUACAAUCAACCAUCGUAUCCACGCCAUCAAGCGUAGCUGAUGUACCAACAAACUUGGUAUCCUCUGUAGAGCUUCCAAAGGCGACUACAAAUGAUGUCAAGGACGGAAACGAGCAAGCAUUCAGGGAUCAAACACCAUCAUCAAGGAAAUCCUCUACACCGCUCAUUCUUGGACUUGUCUGCGGUGCGCUUGUGAUCCUUGGGGGCGCUUUAAGUUUGUGGUGGCUAAUUCGAAGGCGGAAACGUCAGCAUAUUUUGUCAAAUUCUAAGACGAUACUUAUGUCAUCGCAAGGCACAUCCAAGAGGAUGCAAUACAUGAUUGACUUAGAGUCCCAACAAGGGUAUCAUUCUCGAACCGAUUUGGGAUCAGAGAAGAACCCCUUGGACAGUAACAGCCACAGCACCAACGCCCAGCCACGGGAAAAGGCUAUACAGUCUCAAACAGUUGAUACAAACGGUAUACUGAAUCAUAACCUGACUGAUAAUGUUGAAAACUCAAGAUUUUCAUACUCUUCGACAUCACUACCUAUUCAGUUACCAACAUUUCCGCCACCAACGCCACGUGAGCGAAGAGCUGGAAUUAGCAAUACCUCAUCAAUGACAGAUGACAGUAUAUUACAACGAGCAGUCGAUGAUCAUCGCUUUCAUAGCAAGAAUAUCUCUGAGCGUAUCACUUUGCCCAUCAAACCAUCUGCUGCCGCAUCUACUAAAUCAACAUCAUUUCUCCCGUAUUAUUUACAACACACGAACCCACCCAGAAAGCAAAACGUAGUUGACAAGGCUGUAGGAUCCGACAUGGAGGGGGUCAUAAGACUAGAUCUGUCUAGUGACUUUUAUAAUGACAUGCUCGAUCUUCUCCUGGAUACAGGAUUAAGUCCUAAAGCAGCACAUUAUUUAUCAAAGCAGCAGCCAUCGUCAAUUAUUUCUAACUCCCCGCUCCCCUGUAGCCAACUAAGCAGCCGUGCGAAUAGUCGCCCCAGUAGCCGUACUAAUAGUCGUCCUAGUAGUCACGCGAAUAGCCGUCCCGCUAGUCGCUCAACUAGCCGGCCCCCCUCGUCAGGAAUACAAACGCCUACCCGAUCGCGGUCCCCAAGUAGAGCACAUGGGAGUUGCACAAGCCCCAGAGUAUCUAAAGAAGCCCUUCGUAAUUUCCCUCCACCUCCACCACCGCCUUCAAUUCCACCGCCGGCUAUCCCAGUUGAUGUUACCGAUGAAACCAUCCGUCCACCUCGUCAACGAUCUUCCACAAUGCCGGCAGCUGUUGGUAAACCAGCGGCAACGCAUCAUUGGGAAUCAUCUCCGAUAAUUCUGCCAUCAGAACUUCGGCAGGACAUGGACGCUCCACAUGUCAAUGGUGAAUGUGCUCGUGGGAAGAGAGGAGGGAUGGUUCUGUCCGGUGCCUGCUUUAACAACAUUGUGAUUCAACCACCUAAAUCGCCACCCCCCGCCCAUGCUUCACUCUUACACCUCCAUCCAAAAUCGAGGGAGCUAUAUCACCGACAUCAACGCUCACAGAGCAAUGUUCUUUCCACUCAAGCGUUUGCUACGGUGCUGAAUCAGCUUUCACCUGAGUUGCCAUUACCAAAAUCUCAUAUUUCCAAGCAAGUACAGGUUUCAGAGCUGUCACGUGCUCGCAUAACUUCUAGUAUGAGCUGCACGAAUAUCAGUGGCACGAGUAUGUUUACGAAAACAAUGCGCCCUCCUCUAUCUCACUACCAUUCUCAUCAUGGUAGCUCAAGUGAUAGUGGCAAUGAGAGCAAGGGUCUAGUACGAGCCAAAAAGACAGAUUCCACCGAGAGUAAGGAAAGAGGCCAAAAAGAUGCCUUAUUCGAUGUUCCGAUGGCUCCACGCCCAAAGAAGCGAUAUGGACCAUCGUCACCCUUGUCAUCGUCCGCCCUCAGCUUAGAUAAUCAGAUCAUGGAGACAACUCGAGCUCUACGUGAAGAUACCCAGGUUCUACGCGAAGAAGUCCAAGCAAACAAACAUUGUCCUCGUCCUCAUGAAUAA